AUUUAUAUAAAAAAAUGUUUAUCGACCUUGAUAAUUUUGAGUAAAACAAAUAAACAAUAAUGGAGCAGAUAAAGGUUUGUGAUUUUAUAGGUUUUGAUCUUGAAUUAACUGGGAUUAAGGGUGAUUAUUAAGAUACAUUUGAAGAAUUACCCUUUGAAAGAUAUUUAAAGGUAUUUUUAAUGACAUAUAGGUACGAAAAGUAAGUAUGAAAUAUAAUAUUAUUCAAUUUGGACUGUGCAUAUUUAUCAAAAACUAAAAAGGAUAUGUGGCUUUUCCUUAUACAUUCUUCUUAUUUCCUUAAGAGUAGAAAAUAUUAUGAUUAAUAGUUUAGAUGAUUUCGUUGGUUUACAAGUAGGAGCUAUAUUUUUUAAUAGUGAACAUGGUAUGGAUUGGAAUAGAUGGAUUAAUAAAGGAAUAGGUUAUUUAAAUAGAGCAUAAUAUUAAAAGCUUUAAGAUGAUUAUAAUAAAGACUUUUAAUAAUUAGACUAAGAAGAAUUAAAGGGAUAAUUUGAAAAGAUUUUAGAUGAUGUAAAAGCAGCAGAUAAAAAAACAGUAAGACAUUCUUAUUUAUUCAUUAGAUUUAAGAUUUAAUUGAUAAACUAGAAAAAUUUCAUAAAUCAGAUGAAAAAUAAACCACUAUUGAAACCACUAAUGGAUAUUAAAGAAAAAUUAUUUAUACUUAUUUAGAAGCUUAUUAGAAAAAUAUGAUUGGAGAAUCCUUAUUAAAAGGAGAAAUGAAAAUUACUAAAUUAACAAAUGCAGAAAAAUAAGCAAAAAAUGAAGAAAGAUAAAUAUUAAAAACAAAUAGAUUUUAAACUAAGACUGGAUUUUAUUAAAUAUGGGAUUGUAUUUUGAAUUCAAAAAAGUUUAUUGUAGGACAUAAUUGUUUUGCAGAUAUUAUGUUUUGUUACAGUCAUUUUGUCUAAUGUCCUCCAAUAUCUUGGGAAGAAUUUAAAGAAGAUAUUGUUAGAAAUUGGCCUCCUAUUUAUGAUACUAAAUAUAUCAUUUAGUCUGCUUAAUCUUUAGAAAAAAUCAGAGGAAAAUUAGAAAAUUCAACAUCUGUUGAAAAUUUAGCAGAAUUUAUUAAAAAUAAUAUGAAUUAUACUUAAAUAGAGGCCAAUCUAGAUUAAAAUGCAUAUCAUACAGCUGGUUUUGAUGCUUAUAUGACUGGAUUUAUAUUUAUUAAUUUGACAAAAGAUUUGACCUAAGUAGAAUUAUAGAAUCAAAAAAAUAAGUUAAAUUAAUUUAAAAGCAAUUAUAAUAUUAAUUUGAAUACUCCUGAAGAUAUUAAAAUAAAUUAAAAAUAUAUCAUGUAUAUUAAAUUUCCAGAAGAUGAACUCAAAAAUUAAUAAAUCUAAAAAAAUUAAAAAAUAUUAUUUUAAAAAUCUGCUUUUGAAAACAUUACAAAUGCUUUAAAACAAAAUUAUGAUUUAUCUGCUUAUAGAAUCAUUCAUUAUAAAUAUAUUUAUAUUGAAUUUAAUUCUGAAUAUGAUUUGAAAUCGAUUUAAAAUAAGUUAUCCAAAGUUGGAGAAUUUUAAGAGUGUUAAAUUUUAAAUGAAAAAUAAUAUGAAAAAGAUAGAAGGGAUUUCAAGUUAAGAGAAGCUAAGCUAGAAAAAUUUGAUAAAAGAUAGUGA